GGAUGGUCUCGCGGCAUCUGAUUUUUUUUCCACGGCAUAGCACGAGGCAUGUGUGACGUGAUCUUUGGGAGUCAAACCAGGUCAAGUGCAAGUGGAGCGGAGAGCACGCCGUUUUUGCCUACAUGGGUCGUCAACACGUAAAGUUAGCUCGGAUCGGACGACCGUUAGAGUUGAUCUCCCUCGGUAAAUCCCAUCCCCUGGCCCCUCCCUUCGCCUUCUAAACCAUCUCUCCCCUCCCCCAUUUUUUGGUUGGUCUCCGUGACAACUGCGAGCGAGCUGGCGAUCGAGGCGGAGACGAGUGCCAGGAAGAGGAAGGCCGCCGACGGCGAAGGAGAAGAAGGUGGAGCGGCGGCGAUGGAGAAGCUUCUAUCCGACCAAGAACCCGCGGUGGGGGAGUCCUCCGCUUCUUGGUCUAACCCUAACCCUAACCCUACCUCGGUCGUUCCCAUGGAUGAUUUCGACUGGUCCAGCAUCAGGGAUGACGACAUCAUGCAGCAGCACUCUGCUAUCCGCGCCGAGGAGGCCGUCAAGGUGCCCUUCGUCGGAGACAAGGAGCCACUCUCAUCUUUAGCAGCUGAAUUUCAGUCAGGCAACCCCAUCCUUAAAGAGAAAAUCAAGCUGCUUGGUGAACAAUAUGGUGCAUUGAGGCGAACAAGGGGUGAUGGAAAUUGUUUCUAUCGAAGCUUUAUGUUCUCCUACCUGGAGCAUAUUUUGGAGACACAAGACAAAGUUGAGGUUGAUCGUAUUCUUGAGAAUAUUGAAGAGUGCAAGAAGACACUUCAGGGUCUUGGAUACAUUGAGUUUACAUUUGAGGACUUCUUUUCAAUAUUCAUUGAGCAGCUGGAAAGUGUUCUGCUAGGAAAUGAAACUUCAAUAAGUCAUGAGGAGCUCUUGCAAAGAAGCCGUGAUCAGAUGAUUUCAGAUUAUGUUGUAAUGUUCUUCAGAUUUGUCACUUCUGGUGAAAUACGCAAACGAUCAGAGUUUUUUGAACCAUUCACGGGCUUAACAAAUUCGACCGUGGAUCAGUUCUGCAAGGCUUCAGUGGAGCCAAUGGGGGAGGAAAGCGACCAUGUGCACAUCACUGCCCUAUCUGAUGCAUUAGGUGUGCCAAUACGUGUGGUGUACCUUGAUCGGAGCUCGUGUGACUCGGGCACUGUGAGCAUAAACCAUCAUGAUUUUGUUCCCAGUUCCAAAUCACCUCAGGAAGGCACUGCCCAGAGUAGUGAAGUCAAAACAGGUCAUCCAGUGACGCUGACACCGACACCAUUUGUGACCCUGCUAUACCGGCCUGGCCACUAUGACAUUCUCUACCCCAAGUAGCUUCUCUUGGAUGCUACCUGAUGAGCUUGAUGUGUUUAUAUUUAUAUGUUUUCAGCACACCAGUAUUCAUUAAUGUAUUAUACUUGCAAUCAUCAGAAAUGUCGGUUGCAGGCUGCCGAAGGUGGCUUGAAUGGACAGGAAUCGUGGAAUGUGGGGCUGUGCCAUGAAGUAUAGGGUCUUUUGUUUUGGAAUGGGGUUUAGAUCUGAUUCUGAACGGUUCUUAUUUUGUUUAUUGUGAUCCCAAUCCCCACACAGACAAUACAUUUUGUCAAGAAAACACCAUCAUUUUUUGAGAAUGUGAACAAAAAACUAUCAGAUGCAA